GCCACUUUGGGGUUAUGCCAUUUUAUGCAUCUUCAUAAAUAUUCAUGGUCUUAAUAUUUACUUCUGGCUUUCUUUCAUUCCUGCCAUUCUUGUCAUGUUGGUUGGGACAAAACUUCAACAUGUUGUUUCAUCAUUAGCACUGGAAAUUAAGGAGCAAACAGGUCCAUCUGCUGGGGCUCAAGUGAAACCAUGUGAUGAUCUUUUUUGGUUUCGAAAACCAGAAAUUUUGUUGCGACUGAUACAAUUUAUCAUUUUUCAGAAUGCAUUUGAGAUGGCAACAUUUAUCUGGUCUUUGUGGGGAUUCGAUGAGAGAUCAUGCUUCAUGAAAAACUAUCCAAUGAUAAUCGUUCGAUUAGUUUCUGGGGUUCUAGUUCAGUUUUGGUGUAGCUAUAGUACCGUGCCUCUGAAUGUAAUUGUCACACAGGGCUUUGCCUUGGGAAAGAUGAUUGGCCUAGGAAAGACUCAAGACUAUACCUUCUACCAGUUGCAACUUGUCUUUCAAAUGAACAAACUUCAAGUGCAGUAUAUGCUAAUUUAG